UUCUCUCAUGUAUACCUUCAAAAUAUCUAAGCAAACUAUUUCAAAAUGUGUUGCAGAGGUAUGCAAAGCGCUCAUAGAUGCUCUUCAAGAUUACGUAAAGAUGACUAAAACUAACGAAAGUUGGUACUUUAUAGCCAAGCAGUUCAACGACAAAUGGAAUUUUCCAAAUUGUGUCGGAGCUAUGGACGGCAAACAUAUAUCAAUACAAGCUCCUAUAAAUUCAGGAACCGAUUUUUUCAACUACAAGAGCUUCUUUAGCAUUGUCUUGUUCGCUGUUGUAGACGCAAAUUAUAAUUUUAUAUAUGCAAACGUGGGAUGUCAGGGACGAAUAUCGGACGGGGGCGUAUUCAACGAUUCAUAUUUCAAAGGUGCCUUGAAGAAAAUACCCUAAACCUUCCACCUGCUUGUUCAUUACUAGGACGAAGCACUGAUGUUCCAUUUGUUUUUGUGGCGGAUGACGCAUUCCCACUAUCAACAAACAUAAUGAAGCCAUUCGCAGGACAUCAGGAAAAAGGUUCAAAAAAUAGAAUAUUCAACUAUCGAUUGAGCCGCGCAAGAAGAGUGUCAGAAAAUGCUUUUGG